AUGCGCACUCCCCAGCUUCUUGCACUGGCCGUGGCAUUGGCCACUUCCACCAUGGCCAACCCAGUUCCUGAGAUGGGCAACGAUCCCGCAGCCCGAGGCGCCCUGAACAACCCAGAUGCCCCUGAUGAACCUGGGUGCACCAAAACCAUAUUCGUGGCUCCUCAAAUGACAGCCGGCCCUGUUGAAACCGUUUGGACCUCUACUGCCACUUCCACACAGAGUGUUGACUGUGGCGGCUGCAACGAAGUCCAGGCAUCUACCAUGUUUUGGGGAGUAGGUCCCGUCGUCUCCUUCAGCACGACCACCACCGCGGAAACAGCAAGCACCACUACCGUGUACGCGUGCUCAACGUCCGCUGCAGGUCAAUAA